AUGAAACUUGGACAUUAUGAAAUAAUGAUAACAUCAAAAUAUUUUAAUGACAUUAAUGAUUUUAUUAAUUUAGAAAUUGGAAUUAAAAGAUUUCAAGGAAACAUGGAACGAUUUCAUUUUAAUCCAAUUCCAUUAAAUCAAUAUUCAAGAAAAUUAUUUACUAAUAUUGAAACAUUUCAUAUUUAUAAUAAAGACGAUGAGAUAUUUAAUGACGGAAAAAUAUUUAAAAAAGUAAUAUGGUAUUUAGUAAAUUACUCAACAUAUUUAAAAGAAAAAGAACAAGGAAAUAUAUGUAAAAAUAUAGAAUAUACACAACCAGAUAUAAAGAAACAUGGAAUUACAAUACCACCAGAAGUUAAAUCACUUGGAGAAUAUUGUUUUUAUGGAUUAAAAUCAAUUAAUAUACCAUCAACAAUUAGUAAAAUAAGAAAUAACAAUUUUAGUGAUAAUUUAUUAACAUUAAUCACAAUUGAUAAUUUAAAAUUUAUAAGUAAAGAAAGAAUAUUUAUGAAUGAACCAGUGUUAUUAAGUAUUAAAACACCAAUGAAUAUACAACAAAUAAAUAAGAAAAAAGUAAUACGAAGAAAUGUUAAUGAAUUUAUUAUUCCAACAACAAUUAGUAAAUUAGGAAAAUAUUGUUUUAAAGAAUGUUAUUCAUUGACAUCAAUUAUUAUUCCAACAACAAUUAAUAAAAUAGGAAUGGGUUGUUUUAGUCAUUGCUCAACAUUAAAUUCAAUUACCAUUCCACCAACAAUUAGUAAAAUAGGAAAUUGUUGUUUUGAUGGAUGUUCAAAAUUAACAUUAAUUGAUAUGGCACCAUCAAUACACACAUUAGGAGAUAAUUGUUUUUAG